AUGUCUGAACAAGAAGCUAAACUUCCUAGAAAAAGAUUUUAUCGUCAACGUGCUCAUGCCAAUCCUUUUUCUGAUCAUCAAUUAGAAUAUCCUGCAGAACCCAGUUUGAUGGAUUGGAGUCGUCAUUAUCCUCAAUUUUAUCCUGCAAAAGAAGGAGAAGAACAAAAGAAAGUUGAGUUUGCAGAUAUUGGUUGUGGUUAUGGCGGUCUAUUGAUUGCUUUAGCACCUCUGUAUCCAGAUAAAUUGAUGCUUGGUAUGGAGAUUCGUACAAAAGUAGAAGAUUACGUCUAUGAACGUAUUAAAGCAUUACGUAUUCAAAAACCCGGAGAUUAUCAAAAUGUGUCCAUUAUGCGUAUGAAUGCUAUGAAGUUUUUACCCAACUUUUUUGAAAAGGCUCAACUUUCAAAAAUCUUUUUCUUAUUUCCUGAUCCUCAUUUUAAACAAAGAAAACAUAAAGCUAGAAUUAUUAGUCCUACACUUUUAGCUGAAUAUGCUUAUGCACUUCGUGUAGGUGGUAUUUUAUACACGAUUACUGAUGUGAAAGACUUACAUCUUUGGAUGGUGAAACAUUUGGAUGAUCAUCCUUUGUUUGAAAGACUGACUGAUGAAGAAUGUGAAAAUGAUCCUGUUGUUCCCUAUGUUCGUACUUCAACUGAGGAAGGUAAAAAGGUGGAAAGAAACAAGGGUGAUAAAUUCCUUGCAUGUUAUCGUCGUAUUGAAGAUCCCUUUUAUUCUAAAUAA